UAUCAUAGUGUUGUGAGAUUUAAUUGUGAAUGGGUGGGGUAGUUGAAGGCGUUCAAAAAUGUGCAUCAGUUUGAUUUAUUUAGUUCUUGUUAGUUUAGUACCAGUUGUUAGUGCUUCUAGUACUCCAGUAACUGGAUAUGAGAACAUCACUGAAUACCAAACGACUACCAACAUAGCACAAGCAAAUACAGAAGCUAUUACUACUACAUACAUCGAUACUACUACGCAAAAUGUUCCAAACCAAGAGUCCAACAAGGAAUAUCCUCCUUUCCAAGUAUCCCUACACUACUCUUACAACGAUGAUUUCAUUUGUGGUGGUUCCAUUAUAUCCCCCAAGAUAGUCCUGACAGCAGCUCACUGCAUGUACUACAGAUGGGGAGGUUUGAUGCCACCUAUUAUAGUCACAGUAGCUGCUGGAAGACGGAAAUUGAACGAGUCAGCUUGGAGGAGUUUUGGGGUGGCCAAUAUCACCCUUCACCCGCUCUUCAACAAGACUUCGAUGGACAACGAUCUAGCUGUGAUCGAGAUUGAAGGCAGGUUUGAAACAGACAGCCUCGUAAGUCAGAUCGACGUAGAAAAGCAUGUGACAAGUUUGAAAUACAACGACUGUAUAGUUACUGGAUGGAAUCAGGAUUCUUACGAAUUUCAAGUAAUGGAAGUUGUUCUAAUCGAUUGUGUAAAUUAUCCGCAUAACAUUUGUACCAACAAAAAGUACCCACAGACUACCCAAUGUAUUAAUAAUGCUGGAAACCCACUGGUUUGUGAAAAAAAACUCAUAGGUGUGUUGUCUGUAGAAUCGGAAUGCGAGGAUCCUAAUCAGCUCUUUAUUUUCGAAAAUAUCAGGUACUCCAUGUCCUGGUUGAACGAAACCAUUGGGUCUGGUGCAGAAAAAAUUGAAUUCAAAUAUAUUUUUAAUUUAUUUUUAGUGUAUAUGAUUUUCAGAACAAUUUUAUAUGUAGAAUAAUUAA